UUCUCUUUGUUUUGAUGGCCUGUAGUAAAUAUAUCAAUCUGCUACUCCACGAAAAAAAAAUCAGACGCUGCUUGGAGCACAUCGAGGAAGAUUAUAAAGUUGUUACAAACGCGGAAGCGCGGGACACGAUGAUUACAUCUGCGAAGAUUGGAAGACGUCUGGUCUCACUUUGUGCAAUUUUCAUGUACAGCAGUGGACUUUCCUUUCGAUUGAUUUUGCCAUUUGCCAGGGGAAAAGUCGUCACUCCACAAAACAUCACACUCAGACCUCUCCCUUGUCCAAGUUACUUCCUUUUCUUCGAUGUGCAAGUCAGCCCCACUUAUGAGCUGAUCUUUGCAAUACAAGUAUUAUCUGGGAUAGUCACUUACUCGAUAACAACAGGUUUAUGUGGUCUUGCGACUCUCUUCGUGAUGCACGCCUGUGGCCAGCUGAAGGUCCUCAUAAAUUUGAUGACAAAUCUUGUCGAAGAAAAGUGGCAUGAAAAACGAGAACUGAACAGAAAGCUGGCUAGAAUGGUUGAACAUCAAAUAAGAUUUCGAAGUUUCAGUAACAAAGAAUGGGAGAAUAGCAAUCGGAUAGCUAUGUGCUCCUAUUUUUCAUCAAUUACAUCCAUGAUGAUAAACGUGUUCAUGUUUUGUUACACUGGUGAGCAACUUACCAUUCAGGCAGAGGAAGUAGCUAGAAAAUCUUGCAUACUCGAGUGGUAUCGUCUUCCGAAUAAAGAUGCGCGGGGGAUCGUGUUGAUAAUAAUCAUAUCAAACUUGCCCGCUAAGAUCACAGCUGGGAAGAUCGUGGAUUUAUCAUUCAAGACCUAUGGUGACGUUGUAAAAACAGCUGUGACGUAUUUUAAUAUGCUUCUAAAAAUGACUGGCUGA